AUGUAUGUUCAAUUUUUAAGCGAAUGUAAACAGACCAAAAAUAAGACUUCAAUAAGUAAAAGUGAAUUAAAUAGCAAAGCACACAUAGCAAUUGCAGCUGCUGGAUGUGCAUCAUCGUCUUCCAAAGUAUACAGUAAAAAACAAAAAAAAUUCUAUCGUAAAGCCGCUGGAAAGGUUUGGUACGAUCCAACUUUGGCACAAUGGUCAAAUGAUGAUUUUCGUCUAUUUGUGGGAAAUUUGGGAAGAGAAGUUAAUGAUCGUAUGUUGAGUAUGCCAUUUAUGCAAUAUCCUUCAUUCAUCAAAGCUUAUGUAGUGAAAAAUCGCGAGACAAGCAUGUCGCGUGGUUGCUAUGGAUUCGUAUCGUUUGCAAAUUCUGUGGAUUAUUUACGAGCUAUCAAAGAAUUACAUGGUAAUGUAUAA